AGUAUUUGAUGUAACUCAAAACCGUAUCGUUAUGCCUUUUAGGGAAACACGAACCGAAGUGGAACAAAUUUAAAAUCAAAUAUGUGUUUCCGGAGAUAACGAAAUAUUCACAAACUAACAAUUAUGGCGCAAACGAAUUAAAGGCUGAAAUAAAGAACUUUUUUUUCAUUUAUGAAAGCUAAAGUUGUCUAGACAUUGCGAUACGAUGGCGCAUAUUUUUCUAAAGACCCCCUGGCUUCGUAAUUUGACCAGGGCAAUUGCGAAGACUGAACUGGGCUUGACCGGAAUAUGGCAGGUUGAGACAGGUGCUGCCGUGUGAAAGUUUGUACAAAAUAUUAAGAUGGAAAACUGCCCAAAAUCGGUUUUCACUUCCCUCCUUCGAAACAAUUGUCGAAAGGGAUUGCUAACGAAGUAGUUUUAAGGAAAUGAAAGCAAAACAACUCAUGGAACCUCUGUUUUACGUCAUUCAAGAGGCAUUUGUUCUUAGAUGAUGUAACCAAAGACUAGUCUUUAAUUUAUUAUUACUGGAACCAGAAUAGCAUCGGUGUGACUAAUGUAGGCGUCGCUUUUGUAUUUUCGAGUUUCUUCGACCAAGAAAUAUGGGUUAAACCAAGGCAAAUAAUGUGGAUUUGGAUAUGAUCGGCGACGAUGUUCCAAGACCUGGUCCGUCUCUUGCUUGUGGUUGUUUUCAUUAUUUUUGUUCAACAAGGAAGUGCGCGAGAUGCUAAACAAAAACAUGGCGGCGAAAAUAAUUCUGCGAAAACAACAAACAUCCCUAAAAACAAGACUCUACACGAUAAUAACAAGUUCGAUAAGAACGCAACAAUUCCCAGCAAACGUCUCGGCAAAACGCGGAAAAAUCGUGGCUUAUCACUGGCUGCUUUAGCAGGACUUGAUCGCGCGGCUCUUGGACUUAACCCUCUGACUGUGCCUUACGGGACAAGGCUCGCGUCCCUAGGCUAUCAGCAAGCUCCUACUUUGCAACAGCUCCCACAGUACCGAGGGUUAGUCCCGGCCACGGGUGGAUUAGUUCAAAACGCUGCAGCGUUCAGGUUACCAUAUGGACUUCAACUAGCCAGGAUUUUACCCGUCUUGAAUCUUUAUCGAAAUCGAUUGCAAUUGCCUGGUCGGUUGCAAUUGCCUGGUAAUGGAGAAAGCAUGGCUACCGAUGUUCAUGUCUACAAAGGUCCUAACCGAUUAAAAUAUGAUUCGAUUCCACUGAAGCCCGACCUCGAGCAACAGGCGUUAAUGAGUAAUGGACUCAAUCUACCAGCUUUGCUCCAGUUAAAUUCCGCCAGGGAUCAGGGUCUGAAUGACAUGUCAGAUGAAAGCGAAGCUGACCUAGAGGAGUUAGGUGGAGUUUGUUUAACAAACCCUUGUCACAACGGAGGAUCUUGCGUAAAUGUCGGCGAAACGUUUGAAUGUAUUUGCCGAAAAGGAUUUACUGGAAAGAAGUGUAAAGAAAGAAACCCAUGUUUGCCUAAUCCAUGUCACAACGACGCACAGUGUACAGUUUCAGGAUCAAGUUUCGAUUGCUCGUGUUCCAUUGGUUGGAAGGGUGAAAGGUGCGAAGAACCCAACAAGUGUCAUCCAAAUCCAUGUAUGAAUGGAGGAUCUUGCACAGAAUUACAGUUUGACUAUGAAUGCACCUGUCCCCAUGGAUUUCAUGGGAAAAGUUGUGAAGAAAAAAGAACGAGCUGUUCUCAAAAUCCGUGUCUUAACGACGGCCAUUGUAUUGAGGCAGCAUCUGGGAGCUUCGAGUGCGUAUGUAAACCUGGCUUCUCUGGGACGACAUGUGCAGUAACGCAGAGUAAGUGUUUGCAAGAUCCAUGUGCGAAUGGAGGGACCUGCAUCGAGUCUAUUGGUGGAGCAGGAUACGAAUGUCGCUGUCCAGUGGGAUACAAAGGCGUCAACUGUGAAGAGCGAAGUCCAUGCCAACCGGACACAUGUGCAAACGGCGGUACAUGCUUUGAAACACAAAGCGGCUUCAAGUGUUUGUGUCAAAUAGGCUACAGUGGAAAGUCCUGUUCAGUACGUCACAGCUGUCAACCAAAUGUGUGUAAGAAUGGCGCAAAGUGUAUUGAGCACGACAGUGGCUUUAAGUGCGUCUGUCCGUCAGGGUACAAAGGAACAUACUGUGACGAGCUAGACCACUGCAAGCCCAAUCCCUGCCAACAUGGCGGAGACUGUGUAGAAACGGAUAACGGCUUCAAGUGUCAUUGCCAGGCGCAAUAUCAGGGAUUGCGCUGUGAGGAUAUAAACAUGUGCAUUCCAAACCCAUGUAAGAACGGAGGCCAGUGCCUGGGUUACGAGGGAGGUCACAAAUGCAUAUGUCUUCCUGGAUACAAAGGAGAAAGCUGUGAAGAAAAAAACGCUUGCGAUCCUAAUCCUUGCCACAACGGUGGAGCAUGUUCACAACAAGGCGACCAUUACAAAUGUACCUGCAAGAGAGGUUACACAGGAGAGCAGUGUAAAAUGGUUGACAGUUGUUUGUCCAACCCGUGUCAGCACGGAGGAACCUGCAAGACAGAGGAAGGAGGUUUUGUUUGCACUUGCACUGUGAACUACAGAGGAACGUUUUGUAAUGAGAGGGAGCCCUGCCAUCCAAACCCUUGCCACAAUGGAGGAAAGUGUCUCUCUACUUCCGAUGGAUUUGUUUGCAGAUGUGCCACGGGAUAUAGAGGAGAAACAUGUACAGAGGAAGAUGAAUGUCAACCAAAUCCUUGUUUAAACGGAGGCAGAUGUAUAGCUCACUUUUUUGGUGGUGGCUUCGAUUGUGAAUGUCCACUGGGAUUCAGAGGAACCACAUGUCGGGAAAAAGAUCCCUGUAGGCCCAACCCUUGCGGUCAUGGUGGUUUUUGCACGGAAAUCGGUGGAGGCUUCGCCUGCAACUGCACGCUGGGAUUCAAAGGAUCCACUUGUCAGGAAAUCGAUCAAUGUCGUCCUAAUCCGUGCCAACAUGGUGGCUAUUGUCGAGAAGUUGUAGGAGGGACUGGGUUCGCUUGCCAGUGCAUCACUGGGUAUAAAGGAUCAAGGUGUGAAGGUAAGAAGAAAAAGAAAAACCAAAAGAAGGGGACCCGUCAAUUACGGUAUCAAGUACAAUAUGGACUUUUCCGCUUUCCCUGUUUGCUCUUGCUUCUUUUCCAAAAAGUUUCCACUAAUAUAUGGUUUAUUAUUUUAGAAAAAAACGCUUGCGAUCCUAAUCCUUGCCACAACGGUGGAGCAUGUUCACAACAAGGCGACCAUUACAAAUGUACCUGCAAGAGAGGUUACACAGGAGAGCAGUGUAAAAUGGUUGACAGUUGUUUGUCCAACCCGUGUCAGCACGGAGGAACCUGCAAGACAGAGGAAGGAGGUUUUGUUUGCACUUGCACUGUGAACUACAGAGGAACGUUUUGUAAUGAGAGGGAGCCCUGCCAUCCAAACCCUUGCCACAAUGGAGGAAAGUGUCUCUCUACUUCCGAUGGAUUUGUUUGCAGAUGUGCCACGGGAUAUAGAGGAGAAACAUGUACAGAGGAAGAUGAAUGUCAACCAAAUCCUUGUUUAAACGGAGGCAGAUGUAUAGCUCACUUUUUUGGUGGUGGCUUCGAUUGUGAAUGUCCACUGGGAUUCAGAGGAACCACAUGUCGGGAAAAAGAUCCCUGUAGGCCCAACCCUUGCGGUCAUGGUGGUUUUUGCACGGAAAUCGGUGGAGGCUUCGCCUGCAACUGCACGCUGGGAUUCAAAGGAUCCACUUGUCAGGAAAUCGAUCAAUGUCGUCCUAAUCCGUGCCAACAUGGUGGCUAUUGUCGAGAAGUUGUAGGAGGGACUGGGUUCGCUUGCCAGUGCAUCACUGGGUAUAAAGGAUCAAGGUGUGAAGAGAAAGACAGAUGUCACCCUAAUCCAUGCUUACAUGAUGGGAUGUGUAUGGAGAUCAACGAUGAACUGGGUUUCUUAUGUAACUGUACGUCGGGAUAUCGUGGAACUCAUUGUCAAGAUGUGGAUCCAUGUCGCCCUAAUCCUUGUCUUAACUCUGGCGCCUGUCUUCACACCGANAAAAAAAAAAAAGGAUAUCUCAAUUUACUUCAAUUUUCUAAUCUAUUUACUCUUGCUGACUUAACUUCUAGAACGAGAUCUCUGCAAACCCAAUCCUUGCCAGUUUGGCAACAAAUGCCAUCAAACGGGAGUUGA